AUGCUAUAUAUGUUCACUGUGUACUGUGUAGCACAUAGUUUAAACCUUGUGGUCCAAGAUGGUAUGAUGAGCGUAGAUAGAUCUCGAGAUUUUUUAGCUCGAAUCUUAGCUAUAAGAUCUAUUAUAGUGUUUGUACGCUGUUCUCCCAAAAGACAGGCAAUUUUCAAUGCUCUACAAAGUGACCAAGAAUUAAAUUCUCAAUCACUUCAUCCAUUCUGUUCAACCAGAUGGUGUAUGCGAGUAAAGUCUUUAAAAACAUUAUACUACAAUUAUGCAGUUUUAAUAAAGUUUUUAGAUAAUAUAUCAAAAGAGAGGUCAGAAAAUGGUGCCAAAGCAAAUGGUUUUCUCAAACAAUUGCACAAAUAUGAAUUUUUAUUUUAUACUAAAGUAACGAUUAAUAUUUUUGAGAAGGUUGAACUUCUCAAUGCAGAACUCCAAAAGAUUUCUUUAGACUUCCAUGAAGUAAAAAUUUUAAUUGUUUAA